AUGGUGGCACCCAUCCACAUCCCGAGGCCCCAGAUCCCUAGUGACUCGAUCCCUCCAAAUUCCGGUGAUCUGCCCCCGUUCCAAACCACCUGGCCCUCCCAAGCCCAGUGGCAGAAGGAGCCAAGCCCUAACCAAGAAACACCUCCGACCACCACAACCCAUCGCUACCACCGGCUCCGAGGCUGGCCUGGGGGGAAAGAUGGCCUUGGCCUGCUGCUGCUGCUGCUGCUGCUGGCUCCUCCUCAGUGUGAGGGAACAGCUGGAGCAUGCCCCUGUCCAACAACCUACUCUCCUCUCUCUCUCUCUCUCUCAGCCUGGAUCCUGAGCACAGCUGCCGAGAUCUCCAUCACCCCUGAGCCUGCCCAGCCAGGCGAGGGAGACAACGUGACCCUGGUCGUCCGUGGGCUCCCAGGGGAACUGCUCGCCUACAACUGGUACGCAGGGCCCACGCUUAGCCUGACCUUCCUAGUGUCCAGCUACAUCGUCAGCACAGGCGACGAGACCCCUGGCCCAGCGCACACAGGGCGGGAGGCCGUGCGUCCGGAUGCCAGCCUGGACAUCCAGGGGGUUCUGCUCCAGCACGCGGGCACCUACAUCCUGCAGACCCUCAACAGGCAAUUUCAGACGGAGGUGGGCUACGGACAUAUGCAGGUCUAUGAGAUCCUGGCCCAGCCCACGGUGGUGGCCAAUGACACUGCGCUAGUGGAACGUCGGGACACCCUGCGUCUGAUGUGUCUCAGCCCUGGGGCCGCUGCCGAGGUCCGCUGGUUCUUCAACGGUGAUUCCCUGCCAGUGGCUGUCCGCCUCGGCCUGUCCCCCGACGGCCGGGUGCUGACCAGGCACGGGGUCCGGAGGGAGGAGGCUGGAGCCUACCAGUGUGAGGUGUCCAACCCGGUCAGCGUUAGCCGCAGUGAACCCCUGAACCUGACAGUGUACUUUGGCCCAGAACGUGUGGCCAUCCUCCAAGAUUCCACCACCCGCACGGGCUGCACCAUCAGAGUCGACUUCAACACGUCCCUCACGCUGUGGUGUGUGUCGCGGUCCUGUCCUGAGCCAGAGUACGUAUGGGCCUUCAACGGACGGGCCUUGAAAAACAGCCAGGAUCACCUCAAUAUCAGCAACAUGAGUGCCUCCCAGGAGGGCACAUACACGUGUAUUGCUAAGAACUCUAAGACCCUGCUGUCCGGCUCGGCCUCCGUGGUGGUCAAACUGUCCGCGGCUGCGGUGGCCAUGAUGAUUGUUCCGGUGCCAACUAAGCCGAUGGAAGGCCAGGAUGUGACCCUGACAGUCCAAGGCUACCCCAAGGACCUGCUGGUCUAUGCCUGGUACCGUGGGCCUGCCUCAGAGCCCAACCGGCUGCUCAGCCAGCUGCCCUCCGGGAACUGGAUCGCGGGCCCUGCGCACACAGGCCGGGAGGUGGGCUUUGCCAACUGCUCGCUGCUGGUGCAGAAGCUGAAUCUCACCGACACCGGCCGCUACACACUCAAGACUGUCACGCUGCAGGGCAAGACGGACACCCUGGAGGUGGAGCUACAGGUGGCCCCCCUGGCAUAGCACCCCAAC